CCCUAUAAUCCCAAGAAGUGGAGUUCUUUCAGUGGUAUCAGAGCCUGGUUGCAAGCACUCGUACCGGAGCCAUGUCGAGAUUCGAAGGGUUCUCAAUCGAAGAACUCACCAAAGCUCUUAAGAUGAAGUUGGAAGCGACGAGAACAGGAUGGAGUCUCAUCUCACCUCCGAUCGCAGCCAUAAUCGAACCGCUGGUCGCUGAAACGGAUUUUGAAGAUUGGUUUGAACAACCUACAUUCCCAAUCGAGCCGAGCGCGGUGACGACAGAUAGCAGAUCGAGUCUGCGGAAAGCUAAGGAGCAGGAGGCGGAAUUGUGUCUCGAAGCCAAGACCUCCGAUGAGCAGCAACAACCUUCCCCGACAUCGCAACCAGCCCCGAUCGAUGAGUUUUGAACGACAAUGAGACAAGAAAUUCAUCGCUUUCAC